AUGGUACCGUCUACUCACAUUGCCACUGCAGCAUUGUGGAAUGGAGGUGUUUUGCAGUGGUUGUGCAAUGAUUUUGGGGUGGUGUUUGCAACUGGUGGUAGUGGUGCUGGUGUAAAGGUGGUGAUUGUGGUGGCGGUAGUGUGGUGUGGAAUGGUGGUGGUGGUUGUUGGUUGUGGUGGUGGUGGUGGAUUGGCGAUGAUCCAUCGCCAAAGAUUCAUCCCCGUUUCACCCAAAAUGCCGGCCAAAUCGGAUACCCAUGCCGGCGCCGGUGGCGGCGCCGCCCCAUUCGACCCAUCAUCCGACUCCAUAGAUCCGAUCUUCCACAUCCUCAAGGUACUCCCCUUCUCUUUCCUUCGCCCGCCUCGUCUGCGGCUAAAGCUGCCCACCUUCACUCUCCCCUCCGCAAUGACUGUCUACUCCCUCAUCCUCCUCACCUACUUCAUGGUCGUCUCUGGGAUCGUGUACGACGUCAUCGUAGAGCCCCCUGGCAUCGGCUCCACUCAGGACCGGUUUACUGGAGCGGUCCGACCUGUCGUCUUCCUCCCAGGUCGGGUCAACGGGCAGUAUAUUAUAGAGGGGUUAUCUUCUGGGUUCAUGUUCGUUCUCGGUGGUGUUGGGAUAGUGCUGUUGGAUCUGGCUCUUGAUAAGAACCGCGCCAAGAGUGUCAAGGUGUCGUAUGCAUCUGCUGGGAUUGCAUCUGUGGCGAUUUCGUAUGUCAUGAGUAUGCUCUUUGUUCGGAUUAAGAUCCCAGGGUAUCUCCACUGA